AUGCUGCACACGCUGCUGGGCGAUGACACGUUCACCCGAGGCGUGCAGACCUAUCUGCGCGAGAACGACGGCAAGGCCGCCACCGUGGAGGACUUUGUCCGGGCCAUGGAGACAGUGAGCGGCCGCACCCUCUCGCAGUUCUACCGCUGGUUCGGCCUCCACUCCAGGGCGCUCUCUGUUCGGUCGGCGGGCACGCCGGAGGUCAAGGUGGCGAAGGAGUCGUUCGACGAGCGGGCGCGUCAGUACAAGCUCACCCUGGCCCAGUCGCCCGCCUCGACCCCCGGCCAGCCGGCCGAAUCCAAGCGGCCCUUCCUCAUCCCCGUCACCGUCGGACUGCUCGGCCGGGACGGCCAACCGAUCCACAGCCAGCUCAGUGACUCCGACCCAGAGCUGGCCAGCCACACGCUCGAGCUCAGCGACGUCGAGCAGUCUUUUGUGUUCAACAACGUGGCCAGCAAGCCCGUGCUGUCGGUUCUGCGCCACUUCUCGGCGCCCGUUAAACUUGUCCACCAGCAAACGAAGGAGGACCGUUUGCUGCUGCUGCGCCACGACACGGACGCCUUCAAUCGCUGGGAGAGCUGCCAGCAUCUGGCCCUCGACGCGGCCCUCGCGCUCGUCGAGCAGCAGGCCACCUCGCCCGAUGUGGACCCUUCGCAGGUCGACCCUCAGUUCGUCGAAGCCUUGGGGUCGGUGCUCAAGUCUGUCCUCGACAGUCCCGGACUCAAUGACAACGCGUUCAUUGCACGUCUGUUGAGCCUGCCCAGCGAAUCGUACAUCGGCCAGCAGAUGGCGGUGCUCGACGUCGUACGCGUGCACAAGGCCCGCAAGGCAUUGAAGGCCGUCAUCGGCAAGGAGCACCGCAAGCACCUCGAGCGGGUCUACGACAAGUUCCACGAGCUGGUGCCGAUUGACUUCAGCGACGAACCAGGCCGAGGGAAACGGGAGGUGAAGAACAUGGCGCUGGACUACCUCAUGCACGGCGAUCUCCACGAGGGCCGCACCGAUGCGACCUCGCGCUGCACACAACAGUUCGGCGAUGCACGCAACAUGACCGACAAGCUGGCGGCGUUGACGCUGUUGGCCCACAUGCCGCAGACUCAGCGCGAGGCCGUCAAGGCGCUCGACAAGUCCCUCCAGGAGUGGUCCCAGGACCUGCUGCUUAUGAACAAGUGGUUCAGAAUCCAAGCCACAGCGCCAUUGAUGGAUCGCACGCUCACUGUCGUGAAGGAGCUCACCAAGCACCCGCAGUACCACGCCAAGAAUCCCAACAACAUCUACUCGCUGGUCGGCGGCUUCGUGAUGGCCAACCAGUACUGCUUCCACGGCGCCCCGGAGCAGAGCUAUGCCUUCCUGGCCUCGCAGAUCACCCUGCUCAACACAGUAAACCCUCAGGUGGCGGCGCGGUUGGUGAAGGCGAUGGAGGACGUGGUGCGUCUGCCCCAGCGCAACAGGGAGGUGGCGGCGGCCCAGCUCCAGACCCUCCUCGAUAUGCCCGGCCUGGCCAAGGAGGUCUAUGAGGUCGCUUCCCGCUGCCACACCGCUGCCGUCGCCGGCCCAGCGAAUCGCUCACAUUGA